CGAAUUGUACAGACACCUGGGGUUGCGAAUCGACGUGGGAACUAGCUCGACAUCAGCCGCGACAGUGCGUCCGCAUUUAUAACCGUGCCACCAAGCCGCCCUACGAGGAGGGCGGUGCACAAGUUCGAAGCACCAGCGUCCCGCCUCAAUGCUUUUCGCUGCACAAUUCAAAGUACUGCGGCGGCAGCAGUGGCAGCGGAUACGGAACCAUAGAAUGUCGACACUCGUCACUAUUAGUGGCCAGCAUGUCGUCGAUGCAGGCGAUUUUGACAAAGUUCUAGAUCAAUAUUUUGGCUCUACCGACGAGUUCCGCUACAUAAACAGUUUCUUUGGCUGCCAGUCCUGGGCCGGGCAUCCAAAGCCUCGUUAUCGUAUUGCCUAUACAUGCCGUAGUCUUCUUGAAAGCGCCGAAGCCCGAGCGUGCAACCAAGACUAUAAGCCGCAGCCGCUUUGCGCCAGCGCUUGCAACAGUUAUGUGGGCGAGUGGUCAGCGCUGACCUCCGACACCGAUAUGUGCGCCAAUACUACCUUGGCCGAAAGCAACCGCCAAUCCCUGGAGAGAGCUGCGAGUCGUGGCCCUACGAUGGCAAAGCUGGAGAGUGUGUAUCGAACAUCGAGAGCGAAGCUGAGAUAUGUGGUUUCUCAACAGGCCAGCUUGGAGCAGACAAACAAGACACGGAAGAAAUCCAUCGGAUGUGCGAGUAUUGCAAAGCCACCAGAGAAGCCGCUGUUGCCGCUUGUCUCUUGUGGAUGAGCGGUGUAGCAGGCUACCAACAGCCACCAGCCAGGCG